AUGUCAGGGCCAUCGAGUAACACGACACAACGACUCAUUCGCGAGUUGAAGGAUUACAGCAAAUCCCCCAACGAGGCGCUUCUCCACCUCGGCCCUGUCGAUGAUGAGGACUUACUACGCUGGGAAGCCGUGUUGAAGGGUGUCAAUGGGACGCCGUAUGAAGGUGAGUCGCAUUCGAUCUUCAAUCCUCAACCUGUCCCCAAGUCCUACUCGCUAUCGAUUGCCAUAUUUCAUUCCAUUCCACCCCCUCUCCUCUCCCGACCGCAACUCGCGCCUCAACUAACAAACGUCAGAUGGGCUCUGGCACCUCCGAAUCUCAAUUCCACCAAACUAUCCCCUCUCCCCACCGACAAUCCACUUCACGACACGCAUAUCGCACCCAAACAUCUCAUUCAGCACGGGCGAGAUUUGCCUGACGCUCUUGACGACGGAGCAUUGGAGUCCGGUGUAUACACUUUCGACGACGUUGACAGCGAUCCAGCAAUUAUUGACGGACCCACAACCUGA